UAAUUGCGGGAAUCUCUUGGGAAGUCGUUUCUGUCUGCUUAUUCCUCCUUUACUUUAUAAAUUAUGUUGCCACUGUGAGUGUACUACUCCUCUCUCCCUCAACAUGUUUUCCAAUUCCUUCCACUUUCUUCUCUCCCUCCCCUCUCCUUCUGCUGUCUCCUUCUCCAACAAGCAUCCGUCCUUACCCUUUGCAGGCAUUUGGCCGUUAUGGGGUAAAUACAAAGGAAAUAACUUUGAUAUACUGCCAAUAUGCAGAUCUAUAUCCAAACCCCGCACUCAAGAAAAUACCGGUGUGUUACAAAAUGGUCUACCGGUGAUAAAGUGGAAGGAGAUUGUGGAUGAUGACAUAGAAGAAGAUGAAGCGUUUAAGGUUUUCGAACCGAAUAAGGUAAAGGAACACGUCGACACCAUUAAAUCCAUAUUGGAUUCUAUGAAGGAUGGAGAGAUAAGUAGUUCGGCUUAUGACACAGCAUGGGUUGCUCUCGUCGAAGACAUCAACGGAAGCAGUGCUCCCCAGUUUCCUUCGAGUCUCGAAUGGAUCGCCAACAAUCAGCUCCCUGAUGGAUCAUGGGGUGACAAACAAAUAUUCAUGGCACAUGACCGAUUGAUCAACACAUUAGCUUGUGUUAUUGCAUUGAAAACAUGGGACAUUCAUCCGGAGAAAUGCCACAACGGUGUCUCGUUUUUCAACGAGAACAUAAGUAAACUCGAAAAUGAGAGCGAGGAGCACAUGCCGAUAGGGUUCGAAGUGGCUUUUCCUUCACUUCUCGAAAUAGCUAGAAGCUUACACAUCGAAGUACCAUAUGAUUCCCCUGUCUUGAAAGACAUAUACGUGAAGAGAGAUCUGAAGCUCACAAAGAUACCAAAGGAGAGAAUGCAAAAUGUGCCCACAACACUACUCCAUAGCCUGGAGGGGAUGCCAGGCUUGGACUGGGAAAAGCUUUUGAAGUUGCAGUGCAAAGAUGGGUCGUUCUUGUUCUCGCCAUCCUCCACUGCCUUCGCACUCAUGCAAACUAAAGAUGAGAAUUGUCUUAGUUAUUUAAUGAACGUUGUUCAAAGAUUCAACGGGGGAGUCCCCAACGUGUACCCGGUUGACAUGUUCGAACAUAUUUGGGUCGUCGACCGCUUGCAACGCCUAGGGAUUUCGAGAUAUUUCCAGACAGAAAUCAAAGAAUGCCUGGAUUAUGUUUAUAGAUACUGGACUAAAGACGGAAUUUGCUGGGCAAGAAAUACUAGGGUUCAUGACAUUGACGAUACGGCCAUGGGGUUUAGGUUAUUAAGGUUACAUGGGUACGAGAUUUCUGCAGAUAUGUUCAGACAUUUUGAGAAAGGCGGUGUGUUCUUCUGCUUUGUGGGGCAGUCAAACCAAGCCGUGACUGGGAUUUUCAACCUGUAUAGGGCUUCACAGGUGAUGUUCCCUGGAGAAAAGAUUCUUGAGGAUGCCAAGCGCUUUGCCUCCACAUUUUUAAUACAGAAACAAACUGCCGAUGAGUUAUUAGAUAAAUGGAUCGUAACCAAAGACUUACCCGGUGAGGUUGGAUUGGCAUUGAAGAUUCCAUGGUACGCAUGUUUGCCUAGAGUUGAAACCAGGUUUUACAUUGAACAAUAUGGAGGCGAAAAUGACGUAUGGAUUGGCAAGACUCUUUACAGGAUGCUGUAUGUGAACAAUAAUGCGUAUCUUGAGCUUGCGAAGCAAGAUUACAAUAAUUGCCAAGCUUUACAUCGGGAGGAAUGGGAAAGGAUGCAAAAGUGGUAUUCCGAAAUGGGUUUGAUUGAAUUUGGCGUCACUCGAAGAUCUCUUCUCUUAACUUAUUUCAUGGCGGCCGCCAGCAUAUUCGAACCGGAAAGGUCGCAAGAGCGUCUGGCGUGGGCUAAGACAGCCUUCUUGGUCGAGACCAUCGCCUCUUGUUUCGACAAUGCUAGGAAACCUAAAGAGCUUAGGCAUUCAUUCGUCCAAGCCUUCAGAACAGUGGCUGGUGCACGGUUUAGCCACAUUAACGGAAGGAAGUUGGACUCAAACAGAACAGUACAGAAGAUGGUUGAGACCUUGCUUCGAACCCUGAACCACUUAUCAUUGGACGCACUUGUGGCUCAUGGUCGGGACAUUAGCUGCAGUAUUCGCCGUGCUGUAAGAAAUCAUUUCCCCCCAUAUCCUGCACCCCCAAAUAAAGUACCUUCGCUUUUGAGACAUGGGAUUACAACAGUAACUCGUAAUUUGUUUUGUUUUUGUCUGUGGAAACAGUGGGAAAAGUGGAUGCUGAUGUGGGUCGAGGAUGGUGACACGCACCGAGGAGUUGCGGAGUUGGUGGCGCAGACCAUAAACCUUAGCUCCGGCCGGUGGUCUUUGGAGGAACUAUCGUCUCAUCCCCAAUACGACGGACUUUCCAGCCUCACGAAUACAAUUUGCCAUCAGCUUUACGAUUACCGAAAGCUAAAGGUUCAUGACAAUGGCUGCUACAAUAACGAAACAGAGCAUGGAAUGACCGAGAAAAUAGACUCCGACAUGAAAGAGCUUGUUCAGUUUGUACUGCAAAAUCCCUCGGCCAAUGACGAUGACAAUGCCGCCAACUCGGAGUUCAAGCAAACAUUUCUUACGGUGGCGCGGAGUUUUUACUACGCAGCACACUGUGACACAGAGACCAUCACAUUUCACAUCGCAAAAGUUCUCUUUGAGAAAGCACACUGAUUGUGUGAUCUGAUCAUCAAAUUCCUCUUUUUUAAAAGGUUGAUAUGAUGAUCGCCAUUAUUUCUUCAGCAAAAAUCCAUUUGUGUAAAACAAGCGGUAAGAAAAUAAAUAAUAUG